GUUGAAAGAGCGUCAAAUCAAUUGCUCAGGUAAUAAGCUUUCAAUAGCUCUCGCCCCUUUCUCUGUGCCUGGACUCUGUUACUUGGCGUUGUUUGGUUUUUGGUAUAGAUUAGGGUUUUGCAUUUCGGUUCUUGAAACAAGUUCCAGCUUGAUUGAGAUUUCGAAAAGCUUGGCUAAUUUCGCUGGAACCAAACAGAGAAGUUGCCGAAGAUUGAAGGCUUAUUCGAUGGCGUCGAGAAAUGAGGUCGAAGAAAUCGAUAACUUGGAGAAAGGUUUGUUGUUGUCCCAGCAGAAACUGGAAGCCGAGGCCGAAGACGAAACAGUUCUGUAUACGGCGUCGUUCCAAGAGACGGAAGAGAAUUUCGUCAAGCAUCAGACGGCUCAGUGGGUUCUCUACUCGUUGCUUCUGAUUCUGGCCUGGGGGGUUGGUUUGUUCAUGUUGCUUUAUCUACCAGUCCGAAGAUAUAUAGUGCGCAAAGAUAUCCGCUCCCGAAAGCUCUAUCUCACUCAAAACGCCAUUGUAUACAAAGUUACGAGGCCCGUACCGUUUCCAUGCUUUGGAGUGUUGAAGAAAGAGAAGCAUGUCUUGUUGCCUUCGGUUGCCGACCUUGUAAUUGAACAAGGGUAUUUGCAAUCCCUGUUUGGUGUCUACUCUCUUAGAAUCGAAAAUGUUGGUGUAAGACGGCCUCCAAGUGACGAUGUUAAAAUCCAUGGCAUUGCCAAUCCAAGUGCUUUCAGGAAGGCUGUUCUUAUGCGUCUCGCGAAUAUGAGAACUGAGGCUUUCUCUAGACAGGUUUCCACAAUUGAAGACAUUCCAAAUUUAAGGCUGGCGUCUCCAUCAAAAUAUCUCAGGCAUGAUUCUUUUCCGCAUUCUGGGGACCUAAUACUACUACAAAAACUAGAGGAGGUUGGAAGUUCUAUGAAGAGAGUUCAAACUUUAAUUGAGGAGCAACAGUCUCAAACAGAAGAACCUAUAGAGUGAGAAGCUGAAUCUUUUGAAUAAUAAACUGAAUGGACAUGUAGUUGCACCAACCUUAGUCUACUAGGGGUGACUGGUGGCAAGCUUCCAAGUGCAUCACUAUGUGGCAAUCCUAAUUGCUUCCGUCAAGCUUUUACUUGUCUUUCAAAAGAGUAUGGACCCUCCAAUGAAUGGGCAGCCUCUUGGAUUGGUAAUCCAUGGGGCAGUUUCAGAAUCCUAACCAUCCAACAUGUGUGUUUUUGUGUGUGUGAUAUAACUAUUUAUAGUCGCAUGGGCUUUAGCUUAUUAUUGUCUAUUGACUGACUGGAACAUCCUGAUCCUUUGGAAUGUGAAAUUCAGCUUGUAAAUACACUUUGAGAAAAUUGUGUUGAAGAAGCCUGUUUAGGUUCAUGGACAAAGUUAAUGUUAUAUAGACAAGGUUCAACAGAUUCAUUUAGGCAGAAAUUAACUUCAAAAUACAAGUGAAUUUGAUGAAAGUUUAAGUUGAUUACGCUUUUACUGUACUCUGUAUUUAUAGGAUUGUUGCUUGAAUAUUCUUAUACUUGGUGUUUUUUGUGCUUGUCCUUAAUUUUGUUAUGUUGGUAUACUGGUUAUUAUUCCUAAGUUGACCUAGAUCUUAAUCUACAGUGCAGGAUGCAAAGUGACAUAAUAAUAUCAUAUCUUGCCAUUUGGACUGAGAACCAACACACAUACUAGUAUUUGUGUCUGAGCCACCAUCCCAGGAGUGAUACUUUAGACCUAGAAAAGUUUCAUAAUUACUAUUGAAUUGUAUUUGCUUAAUUGUUUACAUGUUCAUGUUGGUGGACAAGGUUGGACUAGUCCCAUUGACUAUAUGGGGUUGGUCAUUUCAUUUAGUUUGUAUUUUAUCACCUACUGACAGAUGAAUUAUCUUAAAUACAUAUCUUGAUUGAU